GGCGGGUUUGCCUUGAUUUUUUUUUUCUUCCCCCUUUAUUUCCCCCCAACUCUUUUCUUCUGUCUUUUCACUCCAGAAAAUCUCAAGUCACUCUCGCUUUCCUUUAGUGAAGAGAAGUGCACGGGAGUAAGAGAGAAUGCACUGCGUGUAGAUAAAGAUCUGAUGGAGCUCUUGUAACUCUGUCCAGGUUCAGUGUUUGAAGGAAAUGGCUAAGCUGUUCCGAGCCGUGAUCUUGGGUCCCCCGGGCUCGGGGAAAGGCACCAUCUCGGAGCGGGUGGCGAGCAGUUUCGGCCUGCAACAUCUGUCCAGCGGUGACUUCCUGCGCGAAAACAUCGCGGCCAAAACGGAGGCUGGAGUUUUGGCUAAAACGUACAUAGAGAAAGGUGCUUUGGUGCCAGACCAUGUGAUGACCCGCCUGAUGCUUCCCCGGCUAGUGGAGAUGACCCGCCACAGCUGGCUGUUGGAUGGUUUUCCUCGGACUCUAGCCCAGGCCGAGGCUCUGAACAGUGCCUGCGAGCUCGAUGUGGUCAUUAGUCUUAACAUUCCUCUAGAGACGUUGAAGGACAGACUGCGCCAUCGCUGGAUCCACCCGGCCAGCGGGAGGGUGUACAACAUGCGCUUUAACCCUCCACGUGUCCAGGGAGUAGAUGAUAUCAGUGGAGAGCCACUGAUUCAACAUGAAGAUGAUAAACCAGAGGCUCUGGUUGCCAGAUUGAGGCAUUACAAAGAUGUGGCAAAGCCUGUUAUAGAUUUAUACAGGGCCAAAGGCAUCCUGCACAUGUUUUCGGACACAGAGACGGACCGGAUCUGGCCUUACGUCAGCUCACUUCUGAGUGCUAAGAUCCCGACAGACCUAGCAGACGCUCAAAGGGCCACAACCCACUAAAGAAACGGUUAACAUUUGUAAUGGUUAAUUCUACACAUUGGUAUGGCAGUCAUCGCUUAGAGUUUCAUUACAUAGUUCAUUCUUUAAAAAGGCGUUAGUCAAUCCUCACUUUCUUUCAAAUGCAGUGAGUGUAUCAAGAAUGAAUCAUCUUACUUUUUAAGUAUUAUUUUAGAUGCAUCAAGAAACACACCAAAGCCUCUGUCUGCUUUUAUCGAUCAUUAGCUAAAUGUAAAACACCCGCUGACUAACCUGGUUAUUUGUUUUUAGUGUUUGUAAGGAAACACAGCCAUAUAUAUGUACUUUAACUAGAUAUAAAAGUAGAAUCUUCACAAAUCAGUUUGGAUAGACGGAUGAAAUGUUUGCAUGUGUAAUAAGUUAGUAAUAAUGAAUAUAUAUGGGUUUUUGGGAAGGGAAAGUUGUUAUUCCAGUAUUCCUGUGACUUAUGUGAUUAAGUCAUUUCUGUAAUUUUUCUGAUACACUACUCAGUCUUAGUGUAACAUGUGGCUAUGUAUUAUGCUGCCUUUCUCUCUGGAAUGUUCUCUCAUCAAUGUUCCUAUAUGACUAACUGUUACUGAGUGCCUGUACAGACUUAAAUAAUGCAGUGCUUGCAGUUUUUUCAGGCAGUUGCAAUGUGUGUGUGCGCGUGUGCGUGCGUGUGUGUGUGCGUAUGUGUGCGUGUGUGUGUGCGCGUGUGUGCAAGCUGGAAUUUUCAAGGAUAGGGACGCUGAGAAAAUGUUACAUGUACAGUAUAUCACAUGUGCCAUAUACACUGAGAACACUGGCAUGUCCAUUAUCAAACCCUUUCGGUAAUCUAAUUGGAAUUUUUGCCAGCAGCAAUUUACAAUUAAUGAUGUAGUUUUGUAUGAGAAUACUUUUUUCUUUUCUUUUUAAGGAUGGUGCUUUUUUCCAAAGCUACAAAUCACCCGUCUUGAUAAAAGACUGAGAUAAGCUUGUGAACCAGAGUAUCUGAGCUUCAGGCAGAUAGAGCUGAGGAAAAAUAUCCUCAAUAUGCAAAUCUAAAUGAUAAAUAAAUACUUUACCUCUGAACUACUUAACCUUUUCGCAGCAUUACAAUUUUCUAUAUCUGUUUCUCGUUCAUUAGACACAAUACUGUAAAUGCAAGCCAAAGGUUAUAAAACAAACCCCCUCACGCUCUUGUGCAAUAUCACACACACUGCAUCCGGUUCUGAAUUUGUCAAUUCUAAAACAAAUAAACCUUUUCGCUGGUUUCUAAAAA